AUGGGUAUCGUCGAGACAUUUCUCCCUACUAACGAUCGCUAUGCGGCACUUAUUCUGUACGGAAUGGUUUUCAGCCUAGCCUUUAAUGGCUAUGAUGCUGGUAUUAUGACGGUCAUUCUGGCCGACGACCAGUUCGUCAAAUAUUACGAUGUUGAUAGUACGAGAAGCGGUGUCAUAGCCACAAUUCCUUGGGCGAGCACCGGUUUGGCCCAGCUUUGCAUCGGUGGCCCACUGGCUAACGCUGUGGGCCGGCUUUGGGCUCUGAGGAUAUCUAUCGGGCUUGGGACGCUCAUUGCCUUCUGGGCCGGUUACGGCAUGUCAUUUCACACGCACCCAUUUAACAUUGCAUGGCGCGUAUCCAACGUAAUCCAAAUCCCGGUCGGCCUCAUGUUUAUCGUUGUGUCUUUUUGGUACCCCGAGUCACCUCGCUGGCUAUAUGAGAAGAGUCCUGAUGACCCUAGCCGCUGCCUGCAGACGCUCUGCAAGUUGCGUAUGGGCACACCGGAAUCGGACCACGUACACCAGGAAUUUCGCGAUAUUGUGGCUUCAUACGAGUAUCGCAAAAAAUUCAACACAGGCUACACGGGAAUCUUCAAAUCGCGAGCCCUUCGCAAGCGGCUCGCUUACGGAUUAUAUGCGACGGCCUUGCAGCAAGCUGGCGGGAUCGCAGCACUGACAAUGUAUGCAACGAUUUUUGUUUAUAUCUACAAAUCUCUCGGUUGGGACGCCGGGCACCAGGCGCUGGCCAUCAAUGGAAUCCAGUCGGUACUGCAGCUUUUGAUCGUACUAGUCAAUACAUUUACCGUCGAUCGCUUUGGGCGGCGCCGACUGCUCAUUGCUGGUUUUGCUAUCCAAGCCACCGCUUUACUUGUUAUGUCUGCCUUGACGACUGCAUUCCCCCACAAUGACAACAAGCCGGCGGCCAUUAUCGAAGUCGCAAUGCUCUUCAUCGUCGGCCUAACCUACUGUUGGUCCAACGGCCCUGUGCCGCCAGCGCUGGCCUCGGAGAUCUUUCCACAAGAAGUGCGGGAUAAGGCUUUUGGCUUCUCGCUUCUUGGUCAAACGGCCUGUUUGCUGGCCAUCACACAGCCGUGGCCGCGCUUCAACCGCGAAGUGGGAGGCAUGAGUUACUGGCUUCUGUGUGGAUUAAACACCUUGUGUCUGAUUUCUGUUAUUUAUAUUCUGCCUGAGACAAAGGGGGUUGCCCUCGAGCGCAUGGACCGCAUAUUUGGCGACGUUGAUGCCGUCACAGCAGGCGAGGAGGCGGCCCAGCAUCAGGGAAUUGUUAAGUCGGCUCCAACCAGUCAGCAUUGCGAGAAGGUUGGAAAUUGCACAGUUUAG